CGGCGGCUUUCUCGGCUCCGGCUCCUCGCGCUUCUCCGCGGCUCCGCCUCGCUCCUCUCCGGGAGGCUCCCGCGCCGCGCUGGCCAGGACGGCAUUGCUACAGGGAGCCUCUGGGAGUUCCAGGGUGAAGAGAUCUGUCUUCAUCUGGAGACCUCUGCUAAAGGUAAAGACCUCCUAACAGGCCAGACAGCCUUAGCAGGACUCAGAAAUCAUACAUCAAGGCCACAAAAUGCUCCCGACUUCUUUCCUGAUGCCCAGUGAUGGCAUCAGUACCCCAGGGAAGGGAUCCUGCGCUUCCCUCUUGGACAAGGGACAAACCCUGGGUCAGUGGUGAAGACUCAGGAAUGUUUUUUCCAAGAAUCCCCUGGAACAUUACAUUCCCCUGUUCAGAGCUUGGACAAGAGUUUGGCAUUACGCUUUUGCAGAUCACUGCCGGUAGCGGAGCGCAAAGGGAACGGCGAGACUCCCACAUCUUUCAGCGAGAAGAAAGGAGUCAGCGGAGCAGACUAAUACGGACUUGUGUCGGGUGCCCUUGCCCUACAAAGGCUACCUUUAAAAGAGAAACGCAGUGUUAUUUAAUGAGCUGUGAGAUGAGGCACUGCUGCUAACGCUCAGAUCCCAGGAUUCAUCGGCUAUUCAUUGUGCUUAAUGUACAUGUUUCUGCACCGUGCAUUUAGGAGAUCCCAGAGAAGAAUCCAAAACGGCUGCGGGGGAAAGACCACCAAACAUGCCUACAGAAACAUUACCGACAGGUAGCAUGGUGAAGCCGGUCAGCCCUGCCGUGACUUUCACAUCCGCCGUUCCUCUCCGCAUCCUGAACAAAGGACCUGACUAUUUUCGCAGGCAGGCGGAGCCUAAUCCAAAAAGACUGAGCGCAGUGGAGAGGCUAGAAGCCGACAAGGCAAAAUAUGUCAAGAGCCAGGAGGUCAUCAAUGCCAAGCAGGAGCCUGUGAAGCCGGCAGUGCUGGCGAAGCCACCGGUCUGUCCUGCGGCCAAGAGAGCACUGGGAAGCCCCACCUUGAAAGUCUUCAGCAACAACGCAAAGACUGAGAGUGGCGUCCAGAGGGAAAAUCUGAAACUUGAGAUUUUGAAGAACAUCAUCAACAGCUCUGAAGGCUCCAGCUCAGGUUCAGGGCAUAAGCACGGUCCCCGAAAUUGGCCACCCCACAGAGCUGAUUCAACCGAGCUGAACCGACACUCAUUCGCCGAAUCUUUGAAGGUUUACCCCACGCAGGGUCGUAGCAGCCCACAGGAGAGCAGCUCCAACGUCAGCAGAAGGCUCCUAGAUCAAUCAGCAGAGACUUUCUUGCAUGUCUCUCACAGCUCUUCAGAUAUUAGGAAAGUAACUAGCGCAAAGCCCUUAAAAGCAAUACCCUGCAGUAGUUCAGCCCCACCUCUGCCUCCAAAGCCCAAAAUCGCUGCCAUUGCCACCCUGAAAUCCCCAGAGAUUGAGGCAGUCGAGUCUGGAUGCGGAGUUAGUAGAAGACCCUCCCUACAGCGAUCAAAAUCAGACUUAAGUGACCGAUACUUUCGCGUUGACGCAGAUGUUGAACGAUUCUUUAACUACUGCGGACUGGAUCCUGAAGAGCUUGAAAACCUCGGGAUGGAAAACUUUGCAAGGGCUAACUCUGAUAUUAUAUCCCUCAACUUUCGCAGUGCAAGCAUGAUUAGCUCAGACUGUGAACAGUCUCAGGACAGCAACAGUGACCUUAGAAAUGAUGACAGUGCCAAUGACCGUGUGCCAUACGGCAUUUCAGCCAUUGAAAGGAAUGCCAGAAUCAUCAAGUGGUUAUAUAGCAUCAAGCAAGCUAGAGAGUCACAGAAAGUGUCCCAUGUGUGAGAGAGAAAUCCACCAUAGAAAAAGCAAGGACUGUAUCUUUGUCUGUGAAUAUUCAGUUUGUGAAGGGUUGUGAAGUCUACUUGAAGUCCUGUACCCUUCUCAAAUCUCUUUGUGUUGCUUGUUGUGCAAUGUUUCCAAGUUGCAUGCCUGUCAACAUGUGAGCUGACCUGGCUUCCACUUGAACAAUAACUAACUACAAAGCCUGGCUGAGCAUACACAUUAUCUGCCAAAAGUUUAAGACAAGAAUCUGAUUAGGGCUUCAGUAUAAUCAAAGUGUUUACAUGGAAAGGUUAUAUGACUUCUUUGGUAUUUAUGUGGUUCCUUGUGGAUUUUAUAUUUGUCACUUUCUGUCUUAAUACGGAUAUUGUCAGCUGAUGUUACUAGUUUCUAAGUUGAAACAGAAUCCCUUUGAGGGGGGAAGAAAAGCAAAAUUGGCCAAAAAAAAGAGGUUUAGGCAUAUGACGAUAGGCACAAUAGCCUUAUCUCUUGUAGAAAGUGCGUUAUUGGCACAUGAAAGCUGUUUCUAAAAGGCAAAGAAUGCUAUGUUCUUAAAUUAUGUAUCAUUGUUAAACUAUAUAUCCCUACUUGUAGUAAAACACUAUUCUGUAAAGGUUUCUUUUUUCUAGGUAAGCUCCCUCCGUUUUACAGCAGAAAUAGUCUAGUGAAUCUUCUUGACCUCUCAUAAACUAAAUGAGUCUUGCAUUUGGGUUGAUGGAAGCAUUUUUAAUGAUUUUGUAUUAUCCCUGUUGGAAAAGCUUAAAGAAGGUCAGAGUGAACAGACGGCGCAGGUGUGGGAUUUUGUGGGUUUAAUUUUUACUCAAAGAUUCCUGGUCUUAAACUUUUGACAGGAAUAAUUAGAUCCUAUAGCUGAUACUGAAUGCCUUUAUUAGUCAAAACACAUCAUGGCUACAAACUCCAUGCUGUCUUUUAAUUUUUUUUGUAGACCUAUUUGAACAGUUAAUGAACAAAAAUGGAAACACACAGCCAUAUCAAUAUAACGCCUCCUAUUCAGAAGUAAAUACACUCAGUAGCUGAACUAUAUCUGAAAAAAUGUGGUUAUGUUGUCUUGCAUAUGUUAUAUCUAAGGCUGUGAGGGUUUGUUACAGCUCUAGGAAAGUGUAGAAACAUGACAGUAUGUAGCUUUUUUUCUUUUUUUUUUUUUUUUUUUUACCUCUUUAACAUGGUUAGUGCUGCAGAUCAACCUGUUACAAAUCUUUUGACAAUCUGUGUCUUCCCAGUGGUUUAAUGAACUGUCAUUUCAACUGACAGUGGUGGUGUGGUAGUCGAGAAGUUGAAAGUACAGUGGUCUGCUUCAUUAUUAUUGUAUACAUGCUUUGAAGUAAAUUGCAGCACUACCUUAUACUACAUCAGCUAAUAGGAAACUUUUUUAUUGUGUAAAUGCUGUAAGACUUUGUAUAUACUUUAGUUGUUACGAAAUCUUUAAAAGGAAGAGUGUUAUGCUAAUAAAUAGCUCCUGGUGCAGGUAUGGUAGGUUUUUUGUUCUUUUUUUGACCCCUUCCAUUCUUAAAGCUAUAUCAGGAACUCAAUUGCAGUGUCUUUUAGUGCUGUAGAAGGUCUUGGUUAAAUAAUAGUUCCAGUAAAAGGUUUCUUUUACUAAAGUGCUUUUCAGAAUAUAAUUUUUUAUAAAAUAACUAUAGCAGCAUGAUCUGUCUGAAGAAAUAGAAGAGGUUUUCAAGACUCCUAAAAUAGCUUGCUUCUUCCUUACCUAGCAAUGUUACUGUUCCCGUUUAUAGCAUCUGUUCAUAAUGAAUCACUGCAGUCCUCUGAAUUAUUCUUCAGUAGUGCUUAUUUAUAUAUUUGAAUAUUAAAGAUAUUUUACAAAGUCGAGUUCUAUCUUUUCUCUAAGAAGCCUGUAGCCCAACUUCUUACAGCUACAGUUAAUGCAGGCAAGACUGGAAGGGGAGCCAUGUAGUCGUUUGUUGCCUAUGGAAUUAUCCCGCAUCCAGUUUUAAAUAAGUGUUCUCCAAAGGAUUGUUCAUGAAGGGGGAAGCACACAUUCAGUUUCAGGAGGCUGUUCUAUGAUUUUUACAGUUGACUUCACAACCUAAGACUUACAACAUUCCUAGCUUGGACAAAAAAAAUGAGGAGCUCUGUAUUUCAGCUACAGGCACAUUUGUGACAUUUCAAGCUCCAUGGGUUUCAGUUGGCGUUGACAUCACACUGGUUUUUCAAGCAUAUUUUUCCAAUAGUAAGUUCUACUCAGUUCAGUGACUAUUUUGCCAAGGAAAAUAAUGCUUAAGGGAUUAAAGCCAAGUGUAAUGCAGCUGUACAGCAAUGAAAUAAAGAAGUUAAAACCAAAAUAAAAAAUGCACUCACA